AUGAUCAAUUUGCUUCCCAAACUAAGUGGGACUUUUACAAAACAAGUCGUUUCUCAUGUUUCCAGGCCGAUAAUCUCUGAUUUGCCUGUUUUAUCCUCGGCAAUUGCCAUUCAUCCACCGAUCAAGGAUACAUCGCCCAGUAACCUCUGUAGACAAAUCCCAAAUAACGGAGUCACGGCUUCUUAUGGACUCACAAGUCAAUCUCAGGUCCGUUUUGCCCACACAGAUAUUCAGAUUCCAGAUUUUAGUGCUUACCGACGUGAAUGUGUGAUGGAUUCAACAAAACCUAAUAAAGACUCUGAUGAAAGCCGCAAAGCAUUCACAUACCUCCUUUCAAUUGGUGGAUCAGUUACAGCUGUUUAUGCAGCCAAAUCCAUCGUCCAUGAAUUUGUGUCAUCAAUGAGUGCCUCGGCUGAUGUGUUAGCUUUGGCCAAAAUUGAGGUAAAACUUGGAGACAUCCCCGAGGGCAAGAACGUCACCUUCAAAUGGAGAGGCAAACCCUUGUUUGUCAGGCAUCGCACUGUAGAUGAAAUUGAAACUGAGCAAGCUGUUGAUAUCUCCUGUCUUAGAGAUCCUCAACAUGAUAAUGACCGGUGCCAGAAACCUGAGUGGUUGGUUUUAUUGGGUGUCUGUACCCAUUUGGGUUGUGUACCAGUUGCCAAUAUUGGAGAUUUUGGAGGUUACUACUGUCCUUGUCAUGGAUCUCAUUAUGAUGCUGCUGGACGGAUUCGAAAAGGACCAGCUCCACUCAAUCUGGAAGUUCCCCCUUAUAUAUUCAAAGAUGAGGAGACUAUAGUUGUUGGUUAA